ACCAAACAGCGGAACCCGGACGUUUCCAAUGUCAACACUUCCUGUUGUGUUUUUCUGCUUUUCAAACCAGGAAGAUGGAUUUGCUGUCGAACAAAUGGAUUGUUAACUUGCUAGUUUGUUUAUUUUUCAUCGGUGUCAGCUGUAAUUCGGUGGAAAAGAAGAUUUAUGUGCAUCUCAAUUACACUGUCUCAUGUGUGCGACUGCUCAAUGCAACACAUCAAAUAGGCUGCCAGUCCUCUUUGUCAGGUAAUGUGGGUGUGCUCCAUGUGCUGGAAUCAGAGGAAAACCUGGACUGGGUCCUGCACUCUGGUCCCAAUCCUCCUUAUAUGGUCAUCCUGGAGUCGCCGCUCUUCACCAGAUCCGUCAUGAUGAAGUUGAAGAACGGCUCUGGCAGGGUGGCGGGCGUUGCUGUUGUGGCGCCAAACACAAACCCGGCAGAGGGCUUCUCUCCACACACCACCUGUCCCAACGAGAACACAGGUGUUUAUUCAGAGACCUAUGAGCCGACCAUGGCCAAUUGUAAUAUGACAGUGUGGAACCCUCUGGGGAAUGGGUUGUCCUAUGAGGAGUUUGACUUCCCCAUCUUCUCUCUCAAAGACGACAAUGACACUCAGGUCAUACGGCAGUGUUACUUGGACCAUAACCGUGCUGGGAACGGCAGCACUCCUCAGUACCCACUGUGUGCUAUGCAGCUUUACUCCCACAUGUCCGCAGUCACUGACACAGCCACCUGCAUGAGGAGAAAUGCCAUCAACUUCAGCCUCAACCCAGAGAUGGUGUGCGACCCACUGGGUGACCAGAAUGUUUGGGCCUCCACCAGGCCUCUCAACAACACGGCCAAGGGUCACAAGAUGUGGGAGAGUGUGGUCAUCGCAGCAGCCAGGUUGGACAGCAGGUCUUUUUUCUUUGACAUUGCUCCAGGAGCACAGAGUGGAGUCUCAGGGUUUGUCACCCUGCUGGCUGCUGCUCACGCUCUGCGUAACGCCACCCAGGAGGCCCAACCAAACCGCACCAUCCUCUACACCUUCUUUCAGGGGGAAACCUUUGACUACAUCGGCAGUUCGAGGAUGGUAUAUGACAUGGAGAACAAACAGUUUGUAGUGGAUCUGGACAAUGUUCACUCAGUACUGGAGAUUGGACAGGUGGGACUUCGUGCUGACUCCAAACUGUGGCUUCACACUGACCCUGUGUCUAGGAGGAACGAGAGCGUCAAUAAAGAGGUGGAGGAUCUCAUUGGAAACUUGCGCUCGGCUGCCACAGGUUUAAACGUCACAGUCGAUGUCCCCGGUUUCUCUCAGCCUCUCCCACCCUCGUCCUUCCAGCGUUUCCUGCGAGCUCGACCAAUCCCUGGUGUUGUUCUAGAGGAUCACCAGUCUGCAUACACCAAUAAGUUCUACGAGAGUAUGUAUGAUAAUGCAGAAAACCUGAACGUGUCUUACCCACCAAACCUGACGCCAGAGGAACAGCUAGAGUAUAUCACUGACACUGCCAGGGCUGUGACUGAGGUGGCCACCAUGGUUGCUCGCGCUCUGUACAGGCAGGCUGGAGGAGAAGAAAGCCAGCUGAGCAGCAUUAAAGCAGACCCUCAGAUAGUGACCAAGAUGCUUUACAGUUUCCUUGUUCGGUCAAAUAACUCCUGGUUCCAGCAACUAGUCCCUUCAGACUUCACGAGUUAUCUGGCUAACAGGCCCCCAAACUUCUAUGUUGGUGUGGUCCAGCAGUCCAGCGAACCGACUCUUCUGGUCCAGUAUCUGCUGGCUAACCUGACAGGCAGCACCAUCAACAUCACCCAGGACAACUGCAAGAACCAGAGAGAGGACGAGUCUGACAAAGUCAGCAAACAUAUGUACAACUACAUGUGGGUUCAGGGUGCGGCACCUCCCAACAGCACAGAGAGGGAGGGUUACUGUGUCCGCUCCACUGCUCGUCUCUCUAAAGCGCUGUCCCCGGCAUUCGACCUGGAGCAGUACACCUCCAAAAACUUCUCAACAUGGACGGAGUCCAGGUGGAAGUUCAUCAAAGGACGGAUAUUCCUGGUGGCCAGUCAUGAACUGGAGAUGUUGACGCUGGGCGUGGGUGUCGGCGUGUUGCUAUCAUCCCUCCUGGUGACGUAUAUCAUCAGCUCGAAGGCCGACAUACUCUUCAGCUCGGGGAGGGAACCCACCAACGCCACCUACUGAUCCACGCACAGGCGACGCAGGCCCACGACCACUACUACUACUACUACUACUACUACUUCUUCUUCUACUUCUACUUCUAUCCCAACCAGACAUGGACAGGACCUUUUCUUUAAAACACACCACGAGUAGGUACACAGACAGGUUAGACACAGCAGCGGGGUUAGGGGUGGGGGUUUAUUUGACGACGACAACGACGACUCAGUGUUUAUGGACUCACUCAGGUGAGGCGUGACAUGAGGACUGGACCGGACUGGAUUGGCCUGGAUGGAUCUGGACUCAUCAGGGUCAGAAAACACUGGUCAGGCACCAGAGGGCCCUGCCAGUGGAAAAGAUGUUUAUAUUUCUUUUAUUUUAGUUUUUUCCCCUUUUUAUUGUCAAAGAAUGUUUUGUUUACUGUGUCAUGGGAUAGGCACUAAACAUUGAGCAUUAUUUUGAGUGUGUGUGUGACUGUGAAUAUGUAAAUGUGACCGAGUGUGUCAGCAAGUGACUGUGUGAUUCAGUGUGUACGCACAAUUAUGUGUGAGAGUGAGUGUGUGUGUGAGUGUAAGCUUUAUAUGAGGAUUGCGAUGGUGCAAUACUGUAGCUGUCUUCUCUGUCAUGUAGUUAACUUAUCACUCAGUUCUAAUGAUAAGAAACCACUUUAUAAGUCAGUGAACAAGUAGUCAAAUUUAAAUUUGAGGUUUUGCAAAAUCUGGAAAUGUGUGGUGAGAUAUUUUGAUCAGUUUUAGGUCCUGAGGAGUUGACAAAAAUUGUGAGAAUUUUAGGAAAAUUAUCAAAAAUAUUUAUAUGAUUCAGUCCCAGUACACGUAUAACUACACUUGUAUGUAGUUGCAGACCCACUGCAAUUUCACAUAUUGUGAUUUUUGUGUGGAGAUGAAGAAUUUCCAAAAUAUUCAAGAGUCUGGAGCAACUGACAAACACUUGACUGCAUAUCAAUCAGCUGCAAAAAUCUUCAAAUCUAGUCAGAAAAAAUCUUCAUGUUUUGACACUGAAAAUGUGCUGGUACUCUGGCUGUGCACUCUUUUUGGUUGGUACCUUUUUCACAAGGUUUCUUUUAAUUAUAACUUCUGACAAAAUUGUGACAACACACAAAGAGGUUUUUAUUUUGUUUUUGGGUGUUCAUUUAAUGGCUGGAAUCAAUGACCAAUUGUGAUGAUGCCUUGAUGAAGAAAUAAACAUUGCUUCUUUUCCAGUUUUUUUUUUUUUUUUUUUUUAGUGGUUGGACUUCAACAGAAGACAAGGAGAUGAAAUCUGACAGAUGUUUUGGCUAAAAGAGCUCCCUGUCAUGAAUGAGCGCUUAUGAGCUAGGAUACCAGCACGCCAUGAACACAAAAAAUGAGGAUGAUACGACUUCAACUUACUUUUUUUCUUGUGCUGACAAAUUUUGGCAAACCAGCCUUCACCAGAGCACCACAAGAGUGAUAUCAUCCUCCAGGCAACCGUCCAGGAGGUGUGUAGAGGAGGUGUUACAACAGUGCUAAGUUACUUAGUUAAGGCUCAGCCCAUUAAGAAUAGAAUAAAGAUCAAUCCUUCUAGGCUUUUAAAUUAUUUGAUAUAAAAUCACAGUGCGGAGUAAACCAUCAAGUUUCUAGUUGCCAAAGUUUGUUUUUUUAUGACCCAAAUGCUUCUUGGCACUGAUUUUUCUACUUGAUACUUUGCUUGAGUUUGUCUUGUGAUUAUAAGAGAGGGAAGGUCAUGAUUUAACCAGCUUUUAACCUACAGGGGACACUCGCAAGGACCGAAAGGAGCAGAAAAUAAAACAUUUAUCCAAUACAAAUCUAUGUUUGCAAAGAAUGUGACUCUGAGUGAGAAUAAAAAAAGAGUAAACGUGAAGUGGGAAUGAAAUAAAACACCAAUAAAAUCUAUUUACAGAUAA